CAUACACAAAGUAGCAACCUCUGCUCCUGAUUUACAGCACGACACACCUCCAGCUCUCUGUAAUCUUCUUCAGUAGACCGCAGAGUGCACGGUAAAGAAAUUAUAGAGAGAGGCAGUGAAAGGUGUCGCUAACAUAACCAACUUCACAUGGUUUAAAGGAAGAAAGAAAACAAAUCAAAGAACGGCUUGAGAGAGAGAAGUAACUGGAUAUAUUUCUUUCCUUGAAGGAGUCGAGGAGUUUCAAGGUGAGGUAAAUUACUCUAGGUACAUGCAGCUGACCCAACUCUACAAAGAUCGAUGGCCUAUUACAUUUGCAACUAGCAAAACAAGAACACCUGCACCCUUUCUGCCAUCAUGGUGGACCUGUUCCUAAACCGAGUGUUGGUCGAGAACAACACGGACCAGGAUGAACUGAACACGGAGCAAGAGAUUGUCGGGAUCCUUGAAAACAGAAUCCUGAUGCUGUUCUUCGCAUCCUCCGAGUGUGACAACUGCCAGGAGUUCCUCCCUGUUCUGAAUGACUUUUUCAAGAGACUCAAAGAUCCAGCGUACAUUGAAUACCCCAAACUGCUUGCACUUGUGUACAUCAGCUUAGACAAAUCGGAGACACAGCAGGAGCGAUUUCUCAAUGAGCUGCACAAAAAGGUUCUGUUCUUGGCCUUUGAGGAUCCAUACAGGAAUGAGCUGCAGGCCAUGUUUAAGGUGAAGAUCGUACCAACAGUCGUGGUCCUUCGCCCUGAUGGCUCCCUACUCUCUCCGAAUGCUGUGCAGGACAUCUGUAGUUACGGUCCCAACUGUUUCAGAGACUGGCAGGAAUCAGCAGAGGUCAUUGAGAGGAGCUUCAUGCUCAACGAGGAUUUUGACAACCUAAAUAUGCGCAGUGCCACUGACCCUGUGAGGAGACUCAAGUACAGGACAGAGGACGACAAGAGGAAAAAGAGAUGGUGGAAGAUAUGGGUGAAGGGCAAAGAAGAAAACGAACAGGAGGACGAGAGAGAUGGGGCCUGGGAUAGAAAGAGAAAAGAUGGAGAUAAAGGAAUAUGGAGGAUAAGAUGAAGAGAAAAUAUAAGGGAAGACACUUUUGCUUUGGUUCUCUUACAUAUUCAAGUCCAGGCUCCUAAAUCAUUAAUCCUUUGGUGACUGAUACUGCAGCUUCUUAACAGGCUCAUUAAAAGGAGUCUUUAGAAAUGCACACUGAAAACAGCUCCUCUGUUUUGUUGCAGGAGGAAUUAGAACGUCAAGUUUACAAUAUAAAAAUGGGGUGGUUCUCAGUCGGAGUAAAUGUCACAGUUUUCAAACAAAAAUAUAAAUAUACAAGCACAUAUGCUAAUGGUCUUUUUUCAUUUCUACCUGUAAAUAAUUUAACGCCAGAAUCCCAUAUUUUAAGCAAAUGGCUCAACCUCAAUCCACAACCUUUCGAGAUGCAUCAUGCAGCAUAUAUAUAAAUUGAGAAGAGAACAAUAAAAGAGUGCAGACUUCUGCCAAUUUAAUUCCCUAUCUUGUAAUGUUAACGAAGAUGAAAAUGGGGUGGUCCAAAUCAAAGCUAAAAGAAAGUAAAUAUUGGAUUUAAUCAUCAGGUGGCCAGGGACACAACUUCCAAAUGAAUAAUAAUGUUGUUCCUUUUUUUUUUGCUGGUUGUGUAAAAAAGUGGGUUAAUCCACUUGAAGAACACAGAUUGCGUAUUUGGUUUCACCGUGACUGUUGGAUUGGUUGUUGUAGUGACACCUGUGGUAAUUGAUGGUCGUAGGUCAGGAAGAGCACAUGAAAAACAAAGAUCUGUGAGGCAAGAUAGAAAUGAACAAGAAGCUAGAGACAUGGUGAGAAACACAGGGAUAGUUUUGCCUGUUGAAUAUUUGAGGUAUCAGCAGUAAACUGUAGCGGCACGUGUAACGCAUGUUUCUUGCUUAAUCUCAAGUGAUAUGGCGGGGUUUUAAGAGAGUGUGUGUGUGCUAACUGCUAAACUAACGCCGUGAGUACAGGUGGCUUGUUGCUGCAUCAAAGAACGCUGCUGCUGCUUAGCUUACUUUUGGUGUGUUUAUGGAGGAGGACUUAAUUUCCUUUGGCUGAUGGUUUAAUCUGUCUCACCACGAACUGUUCUCUGCAGGACUGACGUCUCUGUGAGGUAGACUUUCUGUGGUAUCUCUCCUGAAGAUAAAGAAUCUGUCCGUCUCGGGCCUGCAACUUCUUUUCAUUUUGUUGUGAGUGUGCAUGGGGACCCUAUGCAAAAUGUUGUCAUGAGGUCAGAUCAGAUAUUGGCUGAAGGGGAAUAUCACUUAAAGAAAUAUGACGUGAUUUAAUUUAUGUUAUUUUUUUACAAGCCAAUUCCAAUUUGCAUAUUGUUUUCAGGUAAUAAGUUCAUCUGCUAAUUGUUGUAGUGGUUAUUUUGUUUAAUAUUUUUUGGAAGGUCACCUCAUUUUAAAGGGGUAUAAUUUGUGUUUUUAAACUUGGAGGGUAAAAACUAUUUUAACAGUGCAACAAAACAGUUUGCCAUCUAUUUGUCUGUUUCUUCCAAACACUUGUCUGGGGUCAGUUUUCUUUAGGAUUGAGCAUAGUUUACUUGGAUCUUAACCAAAUAGAGCACUAUGUUGAUUUUGGAGCAUUGGACGGAUUCAUUCAGAUUCACAACAGCUAUGUUUGAUUUGAGAUCACAGUACAUUCUGGUAACAACCCGCAAGUAAGCAUGUAGCGUUUACUUUGUAUAACAUGUACAUUUCCAAUUUGAGACACAGCUAAAAACAAAUUAUUGCAGCUUUAAACGUGUUUUAGGUGCUGGCGCCUGACGUAAAAAAGGAAUUCUGUGUGUUCGUUUUUUUCUAACAUUUUUUGCCAUGUUAAGUAUGGAACGUCUCUCAAGCUCAUCUUUAUGUUGCUAUUAUACAGUAUAUUAUAUAUUU